UGUUGUUUGGGAGCAGGGGGGUGGUAACUACCGUAAAGUGUUGUAUAUUUUUUGGGCGUCUGGUCAGCACCCUGUUAGUUUUGGUUAAGUAGGAAGAAUAAACUUUGACACGUGACAUUCUUGUGUGGGCGCAGCUGAGGUAUAAGGUGUUAAAAAACCAUGGAGAGCAGUGGGCUGGUAACUGGGGGCAUCCAGACCCAACAGCUGUGCCGCUUCUUCUCACAAGGAAGACACUGCAAUUUUGGGAGAAGGUGCCGGUUUCUUCAUGCCAGGGAUGAGGCCAUGUCUAAUCAGAAUAGGACAAGUAGGAGACCAGAGCUGGAGAGUGAGGAAGAGCCGUACCCCAGCCAGGACCAGGUCACAGGAAGUCUUGGAGAUGUGGGGCCCAGGUCGACCACCAACCCCAUGGUCGCGCCAGGGGCUGGUCGCCGCCCCUGUCGCUACUUCAUCUCAGGCUUCUGCUCCAUGGAGGAUAGAUGCCGUUUCUGGCACCCACCACAGUUCCCACUGGUGGAUGACCGGGCUGUGCCUGGAGGUGGAAGAAGACUCCCGCAGAGGGUGCCCGCUCCACGCCCCAACCUCCUCCAGGAGGUCAAGCUCAGUGACCUGACUGAGGAUGUCGCCAAGCAGCUGCGAGACACUGAGAUCAGACAGAUGAUGAAGCGCUUCCCCAAAGAUCAGCUUAUUGUUCAGGAAGGAAGUGAGGGCCAGGUUACUUUUUACAGGGCCACAGUGGCAGCCACCGAUCCUGACUGGCCUUUUGACCUGAAAGAAAUUGAUAUAUUGGUGAGCUUCCCAGAAAAAUAUCCCCAGGAGAUUUUCACAUUGGAUAUACCGGCAGACCAGGAUUUGCCGUCAAUGAUGGGAAGACAUGUUAAACAAGCAUCCCUGGAGUGGCUUCAGGCCAAGCAUGCAACUAAUCAGCUGAUGGGAAAGGUAGAACUGCUCUUUCGUCCUUUUCUUCGUUGGUUAGAUCGUAGCAUGGAGAGACUGUUCACCGAAGGAGCCAGGCAGUUAAAAAAAGACAUUGAUGCAGAAAGAGCCGGAUUGCAAUUUAUACCAUACCAGAAGCUCCAGGCAACAGUGUGUGAAGAGGCCAGCAGCAACGGUUCAUCUGAUCCUGCAUCCCAUACCACCGCUGAUGAAGAAGCCAUGGAGGAGGGAAAUGGGGAAAGGAUAGAAAAGGAGAGGACAGUGCAGCAGGGGGGUCUUGCUUAUGAUGAGCAGCAGCAUCAACAAGAGGAGGAGGAGGAGGAGGAGGCAGAGGCAGCCAGUCAUGCAGUGGAGAACAUAAAGAUCAGUAAUCCCCGCAGAGGCACAGAGGUGAAGCUGCUGGGAUUGACGCUUGGGGACAACGUAGCCACCGUGGUGGCCCGACAGAUCACGGUUUGUCUUCAGUGUAACAGGUGUAAGGUAACAGCAGACCUGACACUGAGUGCGAGGACACCCUGCACAGCUCAAUGUGAAAAAUGUAACGCCAGCAUCAGUGUUGCAUUCAGACCCAGCAUGCUGCACCACUACAGUGAUGUCCUUGGCUACCUGGACCUUCAUAAUGCUGCCCCUGCUGACCUUGUGCUUCAGGACUGUGAACUCACCGUAGGCUGCCUCAGCUGCUCCCAAGAGGGCCCUGUGCAGAACCUUCCCUAUGGCCAAACGAAGGAAUUUAAUUGCGAGCACUGCCACACCAAACUCAGCAUUCUGGCUGACAGCACAAGAUUCCAGUAUAUUCAACCUCGCUCCAGUAAAACAGGCCCCAGAGAUUUGGCUCUGAAUCGUCAAAGGAAUAUAAGAGAUCCUGCUGUGCAAAAAGGGAAACCACUGCCAGAAAAGGGAGCAUGCAAACAUUACAAACAGAGCCAUCGCUGGCUAAGGUUUCCCUGCUGUGGCCGAGCUUACCCCUGUGACGUGUGCCACGAUGAGGACCAGGACCAUCCCAUGGAACUAGCCACCAGGAUGAUCUGUGGCCAUUGUGCCAAAGAGCAGCCCUACAACAAUGGAAAGCCUUGCAUCUGCUGUGGAGGCAUGAUGACGAGAGGAGCACACACCAGCCACUGGGAAGGAGGACUGGGAUGCAGGAGCAAAGUGAAAAUGAACAGAAACGAUCGACAAAAAUAUACCAAUACCAACAAGACCAUUUCGCGGAAGGCAGCCACUGAAAAGAAAUAGUCUGUGAGGAGGAGCCUUAUUGCAGUAAUUUAUGAUAUAACAUGAAAUAAUACAUCAUAUAUGAUACAUGAUCCACAGUGGCCUUCUCUUUUCUUUCACUGAAAUAAUGCGUAUUUUCUCAAUAAAUCAUGUUGUUAUGAUUA